GCUCAAUUCAAGACUGAUAAUCGUAAACCUCAAGAAACACAAAGAUUCAUCGUUUUAUAGUACUGCUCUACCUCAACACAACAUGCCAGCCAACAAGAUCAUCGACGUCAAAUCUAUCAAAACCAUCAUGAAGGGUGGGAGAAGAUUUUCUGUCGAGUACGCCACCAAGACUGACGCCUGGAAUCGAAUCCACUUGGCAGAGGCUGUGAAGACCGGUUUCGUUAAAGCAGUGGAAAAUGCUGAAGUGUCUGCAAAUGCUACCAAAGCAGUCCUAGCUGAAAAAGAGCAUCCGAGCAUGAGCGAUAGCAAAGAUCACUUCACUACCGCCUUCCAAGAUGCCAACGGCAAUCACAUUGCGACUAGACAUCUAUAUCCAGUAACUUGAGAACAUGUCGUAUAGGCUUAGUUGAAGGACAAGUGGUGGUUAGCUUUCCUUUCAAGCAGUCGUCCUAUUUGGUAUGGAACAAGAAGAUCCC